CCCAAUUUUUCGUCUCUCAAGUGCCAUAGACUCGCACCAAAUGGGAAGAGCGACUCCGUGCGGAAGAGAAUGAGCUCCCCUCGCGCAGCGUGCUGGGGAGACGAGCGCAGGCGUAGUUUUUCGGAGUAUGGCGUCGUCCGAGAUUCUCCGGGUUGCGUGGAACGGCAAAGCUCUCGUGUCUCUCCGAUUCGAGGAGACGUGAUGCAAGAGAAAACGAGGAAAUGGGCAACCGGAAGUGGACACGUACUGGUUGCGAUGUUUCUCGUCGUUGCUUCAAUCUCGGACUCCGCUGGUCAACUAAUGUCGAAGGAACAUCGAACCCACGCGGCUUCGGAACGCGCCAAUGAUCUCUGGUGCUAUCAAUGCAACACGAUGGAGGAUGAAGAGGGCUGCAAGACCUUGGAAGGCAAUCAUAGCUCUCUCAUGACCAAGUGCAAAGACGAUAAAAGGAUUUGCAUCGUAAAGAGAUUUUCGUUCACGACAAGUACGGAGAACUCGACGUCGGAGCCAAGGAUGUGGGCACUGGAGCGAAAUUGCACAAAUAAAUGUGAGCCCGGCUGCAUCGUUAUUGGAGAACGCACAAAAUUAUACGCUUGCACCGCAUGCUGCGAAAAGUCUUUUUGCAACACGGGUAAAGGAACCGCCGCGGAUUUAACCGGUAGAGAAAUCGGUUUCUUCCUUGCCCUCAUACUCCAGGUCGUUCUUACCAUAACCCUGUACCCGACGUGACAUCCUUAAUAAAUUCAUGUUGUUAUAAUAAUCGCAGGCGUUCUCUGUCGUCGUUCAUUUCUCAAAUGUAAAUAAAUAUAUGACAAGA